AUGGAUGACAAGCGGCUCAACGACCUCCUUCGCUGGAGCAUCGAAAACUCGGAAAAUGGUAAAACCGACAGUCCUUCAGCCGCCGCCGCCGCACCCGCCUCCAACCUGACCCCCGAAGUCAUGGCCGCCCUCAUGGGCGGCCCCUCCGAGGCGGAUUUGAUGCGAGCGUCGAUGGAGAUCAUCACGGCCGCCGACGUGACGCUCGAGAACAAGCUCAUCGCCUUUGACAACCUGGAGCAGCUCAUAGAGUCGCUCGAUAACGCCAACAACAUGGCCAACCUCGGCCUGUGGACACCGCUGCUCGCGCAGCUCGCCCACGACGAGCCGCAGAUCCGCACCAUGGCCGCCUGGUGCGUCGGCACCGCCGUCCAGAAUAACGAGAAGACACAGGAGCGACUGCUGGCGGCGGGCGGCAUCCGGCCGCUGGUGGCUCUGGCGACGAGCGAGGGGGAGCCCGAGACGGCGCGGCGCAAGGCCGUGUACGCGCUGAGCUCGGCGAUUCGCAACUACCAGCCCGCGCUGGACGCGGCUGUUGAGGAGCUUGCGGCCGCAGGGCACGCGGCGGAAAAGGUGGACGCGACGGAUAUGGAAGCGGUCGAUACCAUCAUCACACCUCUGCGCGAAAAGGCCAAGGGCACUUCUGCGUAG